UCAAGAUCGUUUUGGGCUCAAACUGGCAGAGCGACCGCUUGCAUCGAGCUCACCAUGUUGGGACAAGAAGCAUUUGUGCAUAGCUUCGCGGCCGCUGAACUGAUGGAUGUUCAGAAUGGGGUUCUGAAGCUCCCACCGCUGGCAGUGUGGGGCAACCUGGCGAUUUACAUCGUGGCCUGGGCCCUAUUGAUGUGGCCACAGCAUCUUCCCUUGGGUCGGCCCUGCAUCGCCAUGGUCUUUGCAGCCAUGGCCUGUGGCUUAAGGGAGCUUUGCCACAAGGCGUGGCCUGAUCAAGACUAUCCGACGGUGGAUAUCUUCGGCAAGAUCAACCCUACGCCCAUCGCGCUUCUCUUCGGGCUCAUGCUUGUCAAUGCCUACCUGAAAGACACUGGCAUUUGGAAGUACAUGGAAGAGCGAUUGGACACGAGUUCCCCAACGAAUAUGCUCCUGAAGCUGUGUUGUGUGUCUGCUGCCACAUCCGCGGUGCUGACGAACGACACUACAUGUCUGGUGCUGACCCCUGUGGUGCUAAACCUCUGCAAGCGCCGAGGUGCCAUCAGCACGUUGCCCUUCUUGAUGGCAGUGGCCACCAGUUCGAAUAUAGGCUCCAGCCUUACGAUCAUUGGCAACCCCCAGAACGCGCUCAUUGCAUCCAUCAGCCCGGGCAUGGGCUUCUUGAGUUUCAUGAAGGACAUGCUUCUUCCUGUGGUGUGGGGGCUCUCUCUGAACACUAUGGCUCUUUGGUGCUACUUUCGAAAGUCUCUUGUGUUCGAGAACCCGGAAGUGCAGCCGGAGAUUGAUGUAGAGAUCGCAGUGCCAGAGAGUCGCUGCCUACAGGCAGUCUAUGCUGUGGCUGUGGGUGGAGUGGUCUUUGCUAUGAUUGUCGGGUGGAUGCUGAAUAUGAACACGGAAGAUGUGGCCCUUGCUGCCGGCUCCACCCUGAUGCUCAUCCGUGCUGUGCGACGUCGUGCCGCUGGGCUUGCCAAGACAGGCGACACUGAGACGCAGUUUGCUCUGGGGGCAAUCGACUAUUCGAUCUUGAUCCUCUUCAUUGGCCAAUUCAUCUUGGUGGGUGCCACAGUGGAUACUGGCCUGCCACAGAGGCUCUUCCAUGGGAUUCUGGGGCCGUGCGCUGAGAACUUAGCCUCGGGGCCGCUGUGCAUGCUCUGGUUUUCAGCUGUCGUCUUGCUGCUCUCCAACGUCAUCAGCAAUGUGCCGGUGAUUCUCAUGCUCCAACCUCUGCUGGCAACGCAGCCGCCUGAAUCAGUGGCCAGCAUUUGGACGGCUUGUGCGUGGGUGGCCACUGUCUCCGGGAACCUCACCAUGCUGGGAAGUGCUGCAAAUCUCAUUGUGGCUCACACAGCUGAAAGUGAGGGAGAGACUGGUUUUGUUGCGACCAGUUACAGCAAGUUCUCAUUGGUUCCAACCCUUGUCAUCACCUGCCUCGGAGUAUUGUUCCUGCCACCCGUUGGACCAAGCUGGGGGUGGAUACUUGGACUGGGUUUGUUGAGUUUGAUGCUGCUGGCGCUGCUCGUCAAAAGCUUCGCAACUCGAUUCGGCGGUACAGUUUGGGAAGCCUUCCGCCGCGUUGCCCUCUGUGGACUCAGCCGAGAGAGCCUGGGUUUGGCGUUGCUGUCGUUUUUUUCUUCUGCUCAACUCCUUGGUCCUUACGAAGGUGCCUGGUUGACCGCCAACUCCACACGGACCUACAACCCAGGAGAGCUGGGAGCACUGAAUGCCUUACAGCAGGUAGUAGUGGCUAUCUUGCAGCCCUGCCUUGGUUGCCUAGUGGAUGCUUGCCACGGCAAGCGCCGGCUCGUUGCUUUGGGUAGCGCCUGUGCUUUGCUCAGCGCGGCAAUUGGCGUCUUUGUCCCACAGUUCUUCUGGUUGGAGAUGGCUCUGCAGGUCCCGACCGCCAUUUCCAUGACGUUGGUGCCCUUGGCUCUCAACUCUCUCACCUUGGGUGCCGAGAAUUUCACCCGGCAGGUGGCCCUGAACAAUGUUGGUCUACACUUGGGCACCGUUCUGAGCUCCGGCGCCAUGUGCCUCCUUGCCAGCGUCAAGGAUUCCUCCGGAGGAAAAGACGUGGAGAGCCCCUGGUGGAGUGCCGUGCCCAUGGCGGCCUGCGUUCUGACGAUUGUGGCCUUACCCAUGGUGCGCAAGGUGGAGUUCCGGGCUGAUGGAGUCGAGGCCGAGUCAAUUGAAUCGGAGGUGACCAACCAGGGUCGCUCCGGACUGUGGACCCGAAAGUUCUUCAUUGUGCUGGCUCUCUGCUUCCUCUUCAACUUUGCCAACAUGGCACAGCUGCAGUUGCUGGUGCAGGACGCCUCGCGCUUGCUGCCCGGCCAAGCAAUCAACUUUACCAGUGCAGCGCAGGUGAUUGCGCAUGUGGGGAUGCUGCUUGCCUCCGUGGUGGCAGGGCGCCUGGCGGAUUUCGGGCGCAAGCCUUUGGUUGUGACUGCUUGCCUGACAGUGACCAUCCGCGCUCUUCUGACAGCCGCAACAGAUGUUUGGUAUGUGCAGGCGGGCGGAUCCCCGUGGCUGUCAUUGUUGCCCUGCGAGACGCUGGACGGCGUGUGUGCCGGACUUUGGCUCAUGCUGAUGGUGCUGAUGGCGAAGGAUGUCUCGGAGAACACUGGCUGCUUCAGCUUGGCUUUGGGCUGCCUGCAGGCUGCUUUUAGUGUGGGCGCCAUCUUUAGCUCAGAGCUGGCCGGCAUCUUGGCAAGCCGCCUGGGCUUUGCCACCGCCUUCUUGUCCUUGGCAGUGGUGGGCAUGCUGUCCUUCAUUCUGGCGUUGCUCAUGCCUGAAACCCAAGCGCUUCAGGUUGAAGAGAUAGACCUUCAAGUUGAGAUUCAAGAGGGAAGUUCUGAAAGGUCGACCCAAGUCCUUGAAGAGAUUCAGUCGAGCCGCUGCGAUCCCUUGAUGACAUUCUCCCGGAGCUGCCGCAGCUGGAUCGCUUGAUGGCUCACCAGAAGGCCUGGAGAAUUAGGCAGCUUAGUGUGGAAUUAGCCAGCUAUAGACAGCUCGUGCAAGCUUGUAAAGUCAUUGUUUAUGCGAUUUGUCCGAUGCAGUGCUUGAGGGCAACAUCCAAAGUGCUUGCCGGUGCAUCCUCAUGUGAUUUGUCUGAUGCCGCGCUUGAGGGCAACAUCCAAAGUGCUUGCCGGUGCAUCUUGCGCGCUGAAGACAAAGCAAUUCAACUUCAUGGUCUGAUGUACAGUGCAAUGACCCAGACUGAAGCGGACAAAGCACGUACUGCAGUUAUCUGCAAUUAUUAUACAGUUCCGACAGAUGCAUCCCAAAACGAAAAAGAGUCGCAUUCGGAUGUCAUAAGAAAUGGCUCCGACUUGCUUUUGCGGAAUUCUGCAU